AUGGACCGGAGCGUGAAACGGAUGGUGAAGUUGAUAGAGGAAGAUGCAGAUUCGUUUGCCAAGAAGGCGGAGAUGUAUUACCAAAAGAGGCCUGAGCUUAUCAGCCUUGUCGAUGAGUUUCACCGUAUGUACCGUUCUCUGGCCGAGCGUUACGAGAACAUCACCGGAGAGUUGAGAAAAAGCUCCCCGUUAGAGCUUCAGUCGCAGGGCUCUGGCUUUUCCGACAUCUCCUCCUCUGACCUCACCACUGAGCUUAAUAGGUUAGGCCGUCCUCCUUCCCGUCGUGCUCCUGGUUUUGACUACUUCCUUGGCACUGGAGGACAUUCCUCUGAUCUUUCUCACAAAGAUGGAGAUGAUUCUGCUUCCAUUACCGAUUCCGAACUAGAAUCUGACGAUUCCUCCGUGACUAAUUAUCCCGGUUAUGUGAGCAUCGGCUCUGACUUUCAGUCCCUGAGCAAGAGGAUCGCUGAUCUUGAGAUUGAGCUCCGUGAAGCCAAAGAGAGGCUCAGGAUGCAGCUUGAAGGAAACACUGAGAGCUUGUUGUUGACAAGGGUCAAAAGUGAGAGCAAAUUCGUUGAUUUUCCCGCGAAACUUGCUGCUUGUGAGCAAGAACUGAGAGAUGCAAACGACAAGAUACAGAACUCAGAGGACCAAAUAUAUAUGUUAAAGAGCCAGCUUGCUAGAUAUCUGCCAUCCGAGUUGGAUGACGAACAAGGUGAAGGAGCAGCAGCUUCCACCCAAGAACUGGACAUUGAGACGUUGUCUGAAGAGCUGAGAGUUACAAGCCUGAGGCUUAGGGAGGCAGAGAAAGAAAACGGCAUCAUGAGAAAAGAAGUUGAAAAAUGCAAAUCCGAUGACGCAAAGCUCAAGAGCCUGCAAAACAUGCUUGAUUCGGCGCAGAAAGAAACUGCAGCGUGGAAAAGCAAGUGUAGUGCAGAUAGAAGAGAGGUGGUGAAGCUGCUGGAUAGAGUCUCCAUGUUGAAAUCGAGUUUAGCAGGUAGAGAUCAUGAGAUCAGGGAUCUGAAGACAGCUGUGUCCGACGCAGAAGAGAAGAUAUUCCCGGAGAAGGCACAGGUCAAAGCCGAGAUAUCCAAGCUGUUGGAAGAGAAAACACACCGCGAUGAGCAGUUCAAGGAGCUGGAGUCUAAUGUGCGUUACCUUGAAGACGAGAUAAGAAGGGUGGUUAAUGAGAAAAUGGAAGAGGAAGAAAGGCUGAAGGGAGAAAUCGAGGUGUUGACAGUGGAGAAGACAGAGAAAGAGAGAUGCAUAGAGAGGGUAAGUAAAAAGGUGAGUGAGCUAGAAUCAGAGAUGAGUCGGCUUGGAAAUGAAUUGAAAGCAAAAGACGGUAGGACAAUAGAGAUGGAGAAGGAAGUGGAGAAGCAGAGGAGGGAGCUAGAAGAAGUAGCAGAAGAGAAGAGGGAAGUGAUAAGACAGCUCUGUUUUUCACUGGACUACUGCAAAGACGAAUGCAAGAGACUACGCAACGCCUUUCCAGGACACCGACCAACAACAAGACCCUCCGUUCUCGCAUCCUGA